AGCGUCGGAAUGGGCACCAGAACCGGACCCGGACGAACGGGCAACGGAACCGGCCCGAGCAGCCUCGCGGUGAGCACGGUCGGACCGGGACCGAACACAUCCUCCGAGACCGACGGAGGCCACUUAGGGGACAGAGAGUUCAGUACUGAGGUGGUCUACAGCGGCUCCGACCAGGACUCGGACUCUGGCGAUGACGAAGACACGGCGGGUUCAGGCGGGGACAGGAGAGGGGUGAAGCGGGAGAGGAGCGAGAGGGAGGUCGGGCAUCAGUCAGCACCCACCUCCGGAGGACUGAGCGGGGGUUACGUCGGGGUCAACCCCGGGGUACCAGGGGCCAAGCCCGGCAAGAAAACUAGAGGAAGAGUGAAGAUCAAGAUGGAGUUCAUAGACAACAAACUGAGGCGGUACACGACCUUCAGCAAGAGGAAGACUGGGAUCAUGAAGAAGGCCUACGAGUUGUCCACGUUGACCGGUACUCAGGUGUUGCUGCUGGUUGCCAGUGAGACGGGUCAUGUGUACACCUUUGCCACCAGGAAGCUGCAGCCAAUGAUCACCUCGGAGACGGGGAAGGCUCUGAUCCAGACCUGCCUCAACUCCCCGGACUCCCCCCCCCGCUCCGACCCCUCCUCCGACCAGAGGAUGAGCGCCACGGGCUUCGAGGAGACCGACCUCACCUACCAGGUGUCUGAGGCUGACGGAUGCUCAGAGGUCGCCAAGGAUCUGAUCAAACCAGCGUUCUCCAACAUGCCCAGCACCACACAGGCCACGCCCUCCUCCUCCUCCUCGUCUUCAUCCUCUGUGUCCAUGCAGGUGCAGACCAGCGCCCCCUCCUGGCAGCCCCCCUCCUCCACCAACGGGACGGUGCUGAAGACGUCCGCAGGUGUCGUUCUUCCUGGAGGCUUCACCUUGAUGCCUGGUGCUCCUCUGCCCCCCGGCACUCACACCAUCCCGCUCAGUCAGCUGCAGGGCCAGCCUUUGGCCAUCCAGGGCCCCGUGGCCCCAGGCCACGCCUCCACGCUGCACGCUCCGCCGACACAGGCGACCACGCUGCUCCGCCUCCCCACCACCGUGUCACUGUCAGGGGGCGGAGUCUCUCAGCAGCUGCAAACUAUCCAGGUUCAGCCCAGCAGUCAGCAGGCCUCCACCAAUCAGAACAGCUCAGACAUCCACAACCUCCCCUCCUCCACAGCCAAUCUUCCCGCCUCUAUCGUCUCCUCCUCUUCCUCCUCCUCCUCCUCUUCUUCCUCAGUAGCGGGUCACAUGAUGUACCCAGGUGGUCACACAGUGAUGUACGCUGCACCGACGCCCUCGCUUGGCGAUGGCAGCCUUACCGUCCUCAACACCUUCCCCCCAACAGGCCACGCCCAGUCACAUGAACCUGGCGCCGUCCCGCAAGUCUUCCUCACUUCGCUCCCCCCGGUUGCUGCUCAGAUCCCGGUCUCUGCGGUCCAGCUCCACCCGAUGGUGAUCAGUCAGCAGAGCAGCAGCAGUAACCUGACGGAGCUGCAGGUCGUCAGCCUGGAUGUCCACCAAUCAAAAGACGACUGACGUCACAUGACACACACACACAAGCUGGUGCAGCUAUCCUUGUAAGGACACUUCCAUUCAUAGUGGACAGUCUAACCCAGACCCCAAUCAGGACCCUGUGGUACCCACAAGGUCUGUGUUUAUAGCACAUAAAGGUCCCAAAGAGGUAACAAGAACUGUACACACACACACACACACACACACACACACACACACACACACAUACACCAUCAUCAUCAUCACAAAGUUAUUUUUUCCUCACUCCUUGGUUUGGUUUGUUCCUGUUUACUUCCUGUUGUUCAUCAUCAUGUAAACAAUAGCAGACAGUAAACAGUAUGAUGAGUACAUGUGGAGUAAUGUGAAUGAACAUGUGAUGUCAUGAACAAUCAGUUUAUGAGACGACAAACAUGAGGAAGCAGCCGUGAUGUUCAGGCAAGAAGUAUAGCUAACAUUAGCAUUAGCAGCUGUUUACUGACCAGUCUAGAAGAAACUUCAUUCAGACAGUUAGCAUGCUAA